AUGGGGCCGAAAGAGUCGACUUCGGAAAUGGCGAAAGUGUUGACAACAUUCAACGCAGCGGUGCUCGCGUACCUCACGUCUGAGAUCCGCGAGUUGGCUGGCAUCGCCGCUCAUGACGUGGACAUGACUCGCGUCCUCCCUAGUCGCAUUCACCUAGCCGCUCGCAAUAAUGACUUGAGAAUGUUAAUAAUAUGUAACAUUGGUGCCUUGCCAAACACUCAGGAUGCCCUUCAACCCACAAUGGCACACUGA